AUGUUUUUUUUAGGGCGAAAAGAACCAUCAGUCGUACACGAUGGAUUACAUAAAGAUGAGAAAAAAAGAGAAGAGGAAAAAAAUGAAGCAGAAUUGUUGGAUUACGACGACUAUGGCGGCGAUGGCGGCGACGAUGGCGACGAAGAAGGUUGUGAAAAUGAUAAAAUAAUUAAAAAUGAUUUGAUACCACCGCCACAAUUCGAAGAAAAUGAUCAGAGUUUAAUAAAGACUGCUGUUGUUAACACGGACGAUGUAUCCGUUUCAUCGGAAUUGUACAUCGAUUGUAGGGUCGAACAUGAAAAAACGGAAUUCAGCGACGUGAACAGUUCGUUGCUUCAAGUCAAAGUCGUCGAACAGGGUCCAACUUCUUUGGCAUCCGUAGAUGAAAAAUCAUUGAAUAGCAGCGAAGUGUCGACAAUGACACCGGACGAAGCUGAAAAAUUGCUCAGCACGAGGGAAGCUUUAUUAUCUGACGAAGAAGCUCAAGAAGUUGUCAGACUUUUGUCUCCGACUAUAGAAUCCGAGGGCGAAUGGCAACAAGAUAAUUCAAAAUGGGUACCCCGUAAUAAUUCAACGGAAUUAUUGGAAACUCCGGUUGAAGAACAUGUCAAAACAGUCGGAUCGAUGGAUGAUUCAUUUGUUUACAGCAGAAGAGGUUCACAUUCUGAGUCAGAAAGUGGUAAUUUGGGGAGUAUUAGCAGUUUGGGAGAACAAGAUAUCACGCCUGCGGCGGUCGAACAUUACGAAGAUGAUCAAUGUGAAACGGAUAGUUAUGUGAGACCGCAACCCGGUAAAGUAGUUCUCGUCGACAAUGGCAUGCAUUUUUACGAAGACGGACAUUUUUGGAUGGAAGUUUCGGGUCUUCCCGAAACUGACGACGAGGAAGAUGUCACGUAUUCGUUUCCCGUUAAGAAAAGUUCAAAGGUGUCUUUUUCAACGAAUCCCAUUCGGGUUUACAGUACUUUUUCCGUUAGCGAAUACGAUAGGCGAAAUGAAGACGUGGAUCCCGUUGCCGCAUCGGCAGAAUACGAAUUGGAAAAAAGAGUUGAAAAAAUGGACGUGUUUCCGGUUGUUUUGGUGAAAGGUGCCGAAGGUUUGGGUUUGUCGAUAAUUGGUAUGGGCGUAGGAGCCGAUGCAGGAUUGGAAAAAUUAGGAAUUUUUGUUAAAACGAUCACAGAGCACGGAGCUGCUGCGUCCGACGGAAGAAUACAAGUAAACGAUCAAAUUAUUGAGGUGAAUGGAAAAAGUUUGGUGGGAGUUACUCAGGCAUACGCGGCGUCGGUUUUAAGAAACACUUCGGGUUCGGUGAAUUUUUUGAUCGGACGUGAAAAAGAUCCCGAAAAUAGUGAAGUUGCUCAAUUAAUAAAACAAUCACUUCAGGCUGAUAAAGAAAGAGAACAAAGACGGCAGCUCGAACAAUCUGUGAGAUCGGAUGAUAGUUCGGUAGGUUUCUUAACAUCUCCGGCAAACUCAUCUUCUCCGGAAGAAAGCAAUAAUCUUCCAGCAGCUACGGAACCCGUAUCUCUCGCCGAACUGUCCUUAGCCAACCAAGAGGAAUCCAUUAGAAUUUUACUGCAAGAGCUCAUGGAAAUUUCUGUGUCGACGACGGAAAAAGAAAAAUACGUGGACAAACUUCGAGAGUUGGGUUUACGAUUGAGAGAUUCCGAACGUCAACUACAUUCUGUUAAAAAGGAAAUUCGAACGUAUCAAGAUAUUUUGGAACAAUCGCAAGGUCAACAAAUAGCUUUGGAAAAGAAAUACACGAAGGCUAAAAAACUUUUGAGAGAGUUUCAGCAAAGAGAAGCGGAUUUACUUCACAAAGAAGAAUUUUACAUGCAAUUACUACAGGAAAAAGACACGGAAUAUAAUGCCCUUGUUAAAACGUUAAAAGACAGAAUAAUACAAAUUGAACAAGAACUACUUUCCACUCAGCAUGCUGCAGGCUUACCCGUUUCCUUGCCAUACGAUAGCACUGCUUUAAAGCAACUAACACCUCAAAUGACAAGAAAAGUCGUUCCCCCCGUUAAACCCCUCACUCUAGACACGGAACUUUCGGAUACUGAAAUAUCGGACAUUUCUCCCGACGACGGAGACAAGACUGCAACGGUUGAAAGGAAAAUUCCCGUAAAAGAAGAACUCGAUAAAGCUGUGCCUCAGCACGAAUUGUUGGACACGAGCAUAAUCAAAGCCAAGGGAGAGUUGGGAACGAAGGGUGGUUUGGCAAAUAGACAACUACCCUCGAACAAAAAAAAUUUUAGUAGCAAUAGUUUGGAUUUCGGUUUAUACGGACCCGAAAGGGAGAAUUCAGCCAAAGUUGAAGAACACAAUACACAUAAUGCUCAGGAAAUAAUUACCUGCAGUAGAGUACCUGUACAGUAUUCUCAAAUUAGCUCAAAUUCAACUGUAAAUACACAUUCCACCCCGUCAACGUUUAGAACAGAUUUGGUGUCCUUGCAUGCUGCACAGUCACAAGCAAAUCAACAACAGCAACAACAACAACAACAACAACCUCUCCACGUUUCAACCGGUUCGGAUUCCUGGAAUUCCAUAAAUUACACAAAACCUCCGAAAAUAAGUUAUCCGGUAGCUCUUCCAAAGCCUCCUCCCUCUUUAGCCGAACAAUUAAAACAAGUUUUGGCGGAGAGAGAACGUCGACUCAGUUCCGAAGAAAGUCCGCCCCGAGAGGAAUUGGAAUCGUCGAAAGUUUCUUCGAACGUGGCCGAAGAAAUAAAACUAGCCGUGAACGAGGCGAAUUCUAAAGUGAGAAAAAUAAUGGUGCCGCAAAUAUUACCUCAACCUAACGCGAUGCAACCGUGGCAGCAACAGCAACAAACGAGUCCCAUGAGAGAAGUUCCUCCGAGUCCGAGCACGAUAUCGUCAUCGGGGAGCGUGAGUCCCGGCGGCGCCACGGGAGAUUCCCUAUUGAGUUCGGCGGAUUCGACGGAAUUGUGGUGCACGUCGCUUCCGCAAGAAAUAAAUUAUUCCGGCGACAGAAGAGUUAAUUCACACUUUUGGCAAUCCUCUCCGAUAACGGAUUGGUCUAAAGAGCAGGUUGCACAGUGGCUUCUUGCCUUGGGAUUAGAACAGCACAUCACAAAAUUUCUUACUCAGGGCAUCACAGGGAGUACUUUGGUUCAACUAGAAACAAAGGAUUUUAAAGUAUUAGGAAUCAGCGGAGAUGAUAAAACGCGACUAAAAAAAAAAUUAAAAGAACUCAAAGCCCAGGUUGAAAAGGAAAAGAAAGCUUUGGAAAAGGAAAAAAAAGAGAAGGAAAGACUUCAGAAAAAAGCGGAAAAACUAGCGGAAAAAGCGAGUAAAAAGAAGUAA